AUGGUCAAGACAUGGUUGCUUGACAAAGUCCAGGGAAAUUUUGAAAGCCCAGCUACUCUAGCAAUCGACCACUUCUGGCGCUGGAUCAGCACAAGUGCUUCCCAUCUCCACGACCCAAAUAUUUAUCGCUUCGUUCAUGGGCUCAUGAGGAAAACGUUCAUCCAGAUGUUGGCUGAAUUUAAACGACUCGGAUCUCACGUCAUCCACGCGGACUUCAGCCGGAUUUUGCUAGCGACCUCGAAGCCUCCGGGCACCGCUCACGCAUAUGCCACCUACAUAACCACAGCAGUGACAUCACAUGAACUCUUCGAACAUAUGUACCUCAAAACAGAGCGGUUUUACGACUUCCUUCUUUUCAUGGACUCUGCAAACAUGGGAGGAAUCGUAUGUGAAGAUCCGCUGGCUGUUGACCCGCCAGAAGAGCUCACCAUCGAGACUCGGUGGAAUAUCCAGACUUUCCUGCCACCUGCAAUUCAAGACGAUUUCGGUGCCGUCAUUCAAUUCUUUAUCGUCGAGCUUUUCAAAAUUCGGCAGAAGCAUAGUGAAGGUUCAAGAGCACCCUUCCGAGUGCUUCGGAAUAUGGCUCCCGAGCUCACCCAGCCUGACCCUAGCAAAAUCAACGAAGCUGACGCAACACGGGAGUUUAUCGCCAGGAAACUCACACGCAAGUUGCUUCGGCUGGUUGGUGUUAUCCAAGCAAAGCAACGAGAUGCUUCCAUAGACGAAGAACUGAACACUCAGUUCCAGUUCCCUGUCCUCCCCGGUUCGCAUCUCAACAUGACAAAUGCGCUUCUUGAAUUCAUCAAAUUUACCUCCACCGUGCUUGGCCUCGCUUCUGAUUACCAGGUUGAAAUUGGUUUGCUCAAGCGAAACCUCCUCGACCUUGCUGGUGUGCGCGAGUUUGCUAAUGAAGCCCUUUUUCGCAACCCAUGCGAGCCGCUCAAAUUACCUAAUGUCCCUUGCCGGAAUUGCGAUACACUUCGUGACUUUGACUUCUGCCGCGAUCCAGAGCUUAUGCCAUACGGCCUUGAUGGUGCUAGGCCACGUUGGAUCUGUGGGGGUUGCGGAGGAGAGUAUGACCGCAUUGCGAUUGAGAUGGAGCUGGUCAGACUAGUUGGAUCACUUGAAAGAACGUUUACGCAACAAGACAUGCGCUGCGGCAAGUGCAAGCAAGUUCGCUCGGACAACGUGUCGCGACAUUGUCAUUGUUCUGGACCAUACCAGCUAGUCCUUAGCAAACCCGAAUUCAGGAGAAGGUUACGCACAAUUGUGAAUGUAGCAAUUGUUCACAAUCUCUCCAGACUUAGAGUGAGUCCCUUGCACUAUUAG